AUGAGUGAAGAAAAAUCAGUUUUUAUACCUUCAGGAAUUGUUGAAGUUAUCGAAUCUAAGGGCAAUUAUAUUCAUGCCAGUAUAGAUAACUUCGAUUUGAAUGAAGAGACAAUUGACGGUAAAGGUACAACCCAUUCUAUGGCAAUGGUAGUAUUUCAGCAGCCUGGUGAUUCUCUAUCAUCUCACACCGAGAUUCACAAAAGUAAAGGGUACUCAUUGAGUACUGAAGAUGUUGAAUCAGUUACUCAAAGUUUGACUAGAUACAGAAAACCUCCAAUUCGACCCGAGCCAGUCAAAUUUGUACCGUCAGUUGAAGUAAAUCGCGAAAAUUAUGAUUUUUCAAAGAAAACCAAUUUGGUAUGGAGAGUUUUGCGAUAUAUAAAUCAAGAAUCUCCAUUCCUGAGCUGGACAGAUUACAAUAAUGUGAUAUCCAAAAAUAAGAUAACAGUUUCAAAUAUUGCAUAUUUACCAUUUUUAAAUGCUCCACCAACAGAAUAUGAUACUAUUUAUACAGCAAUGAUUCAGUUGGUACAAUUAGCAGAGGCUCUGAAUCAAAAACAUAUAGUUAUCACAGCAGAUUUAGCAAUAUACUCCAAAGCUAGAGAAAUAAUGUGGAAUAAACCUACUUUGUUGGAUGGGAAAGUUACAUUACAAUUGGGCGGUAUGCAUCUUACCAUGGCUCUUAUUGCUAGUAUUGGAUACAUUUUUGGUGACGGCGGUCUCAGUUCAAUGUUAGUUGAAACUGGAAUUUAUGCAGAAAAUUCCUGUAAAUUGAUGUUGGAUGGCAAGCAAUAUGCCAGGUCUAUUCGAGGACUUACCCUUGCCACAGAUGCUUUAUCGAGGUUAUUAUUCAACUCUUUUUUGAGUUGGUAUGAAGAAUCCAAUGAUGGUACUAUUCUGACCAAGGAUUUGGAGCAGAUAAUGAAAACAGUAAAUCAAGAGUUGAAAGAAUUUAUUUUCAAUGAAACCAAUUUCAAGAUAAUGUUGAAGGAUAUAGAAGAAUUCGAAACGGCUCUGACGAAUUUUCUUGCCAUUGGUUUCUCUUCUGCAACAUUUAAGUAUUGGUAUUCUUUUAUCGAAGCAGUAGAUCUCCUUUGGAAAAUGUUGCGGGCUGAAAGAGAUGGAGACUUUGAUUCUCAUCUAUGUUCUGUUUUCGAUUCGCUGCCAUAUUUAACAGCAGCUGGUCGUAACCUUUAUUCAAAAUGGGUUCCUGUAUAUUUGAAUGACAUGAAGAUGCUCAAGACUGAAGUUCCAUAUAUGUAUCAUUUCUUGGAAAAAGGCAAUUUCGUUGUGAAAAAAACAAAGGAGAAGAUAUUCAAUUGCGUUGCAUCUGAUAUGGCUUUAGAACAGUCAAUCAAUCGUGAUUGUAAAAGUUCUACGGGGGUUAUAGGAUUUUCGAGAAAACCAGCGGCCCUUCUUCGCUGGCUAGUCACUAGACAUUCACUAGGAGAUUUUUCACAGAAAUUUGUAGAAGCGACAAUGGGUGACAAUAGUAAAGUAAGAAAAGAUGGCCAGAUAAUGAGUAAUAGGAAUGAAGCUGAUGUGAAGAAAAUAAUGUCAACUAUAGAAGAAAGCUGGUGUAAUCCAUUUUGUUUGCGAAGUGCCCCGCUAUCGUUGAUCAAUAUAUGCACUGGAAAAAUUGUAGACGAAUCAAUAGAGAAAAAUUUGACGACUUUUCUAGAUACAUCAAUGAAAAAAAUACAAACUCAGUGGAACAAUUUUCAAAACGUCAGUUUUUGGAAACCGCUCAAAAGGGACAAAAUUGCAACUUUCAAGGAAACCAAAAUUGUAGCGAGAAUGGCUUCCAAAGGAUCUUGUAUCGGUUCAGAACUCAUGUUUCGUAGAGUGAUUUGUGCUGCGCGUUCACAAGACAUGGAUCUUUCCAAUAUUUUAUCUUAUGAACUUACAUCGGUACCAGCAUCUUUGUUCAAUGAGGAUGGUUCAGUGAGAAAAACAGUGAAAUCCGAAUUAGCCAAACAAUUGGAAUCAUUCACGGAAUCUCAUGUUGAAUGUGAAAAUCUGGAUUCUGUUAUAAUAGACGGCGCGGAGAUCGGUGUUGCCGGUAUUGAAAGAUAUAGUGAUCUAGGAAUGUGGCACGAUGCACGAUUCAGUCUUCCUGAAUAG